GGGAGUGGAGAUCGUCUACUAAGGGGACGCCCUGACGGAGGCACACGCACAGUAACACGCAGAUGUAGGCUCAAAGAAAACCGCUUCGCGUCCUGAAAUUCCGCUUCCAGGGCCGGUUCCACGCGCUGUCUUUUCUGGUGUUAUUUGUCCCUCGCGAGGCACCGUUGGGUCGCCCAGGAGGCGUGACUAGGGGGCGGGAUGUGGGGCGGGAGCGGGGCCUCUGAGCCGGGGCUGCCACUGUCAUGGACGCCUGGGUCCGCUUCAGUUCCCAGAGCCAGGCCCGGGAGCGGCUGUGUAGGGCUGCCCAGUAUGCUUGCUCUCUUCUUGGCCACGCAUUGCAGAAACAUGGGGCCAGUCCUGAGUUACAGAAACAGAUUAGGCAACUGGAGGGCCAUCUGAGCCUUGGCAGAAAGCUUCUGCGCCUGGGUAACUCAGCAGAUGCCCUUGAGUCAGCCAAAAGAGCUGUGCACCUAUCAGAUGUUGUCCUGAGAUUCUGCAUCACUGUUAGUCACCUCAAUCGAGCCUUAUACUUCGCCUGUGACAAUGUCCUAUGGGCUGGAAAAUCUGGACUGGCUCCCCGCGUGGAUCAGGAGAAGUGGGCCCAGCGUUCAUUCAGGUACUAUCUGUUUUCCCUCAUCAUGAAUUUGAGCCGUGAUGCUUAUGAAAUUCGCCUACUGAUGGAACAAGAAUCUUCAGCUUGUAUCCGGCGACUGAAAGGUUCUGGAGGAGGGGUCACAGGAGGAAUUGAAACCGGGGGACUUGGAGGACCAGGGACUCCAGAAGGAGGUCUGCCCCAACUCGUUCUGAAGCUCCGCCUCCGAGUCCUUCUUCUGGCUCGAGUUCUUCGAGGUCAUCCCCCUCUUCUACUGGAUGUGGUCAGAAAUGCCUGUGAUCUUUUCAUUCCACUGGACAAACUAGGCCUCUGGCGCUGUGGCCCUGGGAUUGUGGGGCUUUGUGGGCUUGUGUCCUCCAUCCUGUCUAUUCUUACCCUAAUCUGUCCCUGGCUACGACUUAAGCCCUAACUUUCUGAUAGAGGAUAAUGAAUUGGUGAUAUGGAAUCUUAGUUUGUCCCCCAUGUACCAGCCUCACUGUAAUUCAGCUCCUUGAUUAAAGUCAAAAUUCAGAGGUUUAGGGAUGGAGGGAGGAGUUUUGAGGAAGAUGAGGUGAGGAAAGGUGACUUGUGACGGCAACUGAAUGAUUCUAAUAUGCCUGAGCUUUUGUUCUUUUCCUCUUUCGUUGUCUGUGUCUCUUUUGACUCUAUUUAGUUUGUGUCUCUUAAGAAUUCUUAAGAUUUUGUGUCUAUGCAUCUCUCUCUCCUCUUUUUUUUAAAAAAACUUCUCAGUCUUCUUUCCAGGGGUUUACUCAGCAGAAUGCCUUUUCCGUAGGGGAGGUAUAAGGCUUGGUUGGUAAGUUCUAACUGCCUUCUUUUUUCUCACAGGGUGGCUUAUGGCAGAUUUUUCCUCUUUCAAACUCCAGAUCCUAAUGUUUAAGACUUUAUGUCUCCGUGGAUUCUUCCCUCAUAUCUCUGCACCACAGGUUGUUUGAUGCUUCCUUUUCUCCCUCAUGUCUAUCUCACCAAACUUCCUCACGAUUUGGCCCUUACCUCUCCCUGUACUCCUACCUUCAGGUUACACUUUGAUUUCAGAGCUUUGUUCCCUAGCCUGUUCUUACCCCUUAUUUGCCUAUCCAGAAUGAUGCUGUGUGUAGCAUCUUGCUGUAAAUACUGUACAAUGAUUUUGUGUAAAUAGACAUGGCCCAUGCCCAUAACAGAGAGCAAGCCUUCCAGGUCAGCAAAUUAAAGUUCAGUUUGCUUAUCAA